ACUUCCGGCCGCGCCUGCGCACGGGGAACCGCCGCGACCUGCCCGGCGGAGCCCGCCUCACGUGUGUCCCUUCCAGCCGUGCCCCACACGUGCCCCCUGUGCCCUCGCCAUGUUCACCUGUGCAAAGUUCGUCUCAGCUCCCGCGCUCGUGAGGAGGAGCUCGAGGGUGCUGGGCCAACCCCUCUCAUCUGUGGUGCUGAGCAGCCCCGAGGCCCGGCCAGAGCAGGUGCAGGCGGGAGCCCCCCGGACCCUCCGGACGAGCGCUGCCCACCGGGACAUCGACACGGCCGCCAAGUUCAUCGGGGCUGGUGCUGCCACCGUGGGCGUGGCCGGGUCCGGCGCCGGCAUUGGCACCGUGUUCGGGAGCCUCAUCAUCGGCUACGCCAGGAACCCCUCGCUCAAGCAGCAGCUCUUCUCCUAUGCCAUCCUGGGCUUCGCCCUCUCCGAGGCCAUGGGGCUCUUCUGCCUCAUGGUGGCCUUCCUCAUCCUCUUCGCCAUGUGAUGGGGUGGGGGGUGGCGGUGGUGACAGUGAUGCCCCUUUGUGCCCGGCCCCCCGCCCAGCCGGGAGUGUCGUGGGGCAGGAGAAGGACCUGGCCCUGCCAUGGCCGGGCAGGGAAUAAAGACGGUUUGAUGACGGUCUCUCA